AAGAAGCAAACAAAAUUUUGUGUCCUGUGACAGAUUGGAAGGUCGCCGUAGAAUUCGACAUCUGUUGAUAAAAUCAGAAUCUCCCAUCGACUGUAGCUCACAUGGAGCUCUGAGCGCGACUCAUACCAAACCCUCCCCAUCUAAUUAAACCUUUCCAAGUUUAGAGAGCAAAGAACCAAUAUCCAGAAAAAAUACCCGUAUGAGAUCUCAUCUUAUCAAAGAUUUUCACUCUCUACCAAACCCCCAUAUUAGUUUUUAUACAUCAACCAUGGAAUUUGCUAGCUACCCAUGAAGUCUUCCAUAGUUAUAGUUCUCAAGCUCUCAGUUUCACAGAGAAAACAAUGGAGUGUGGAGGAGGACAGAGCAAGGCGGUUCCUUUGCUUGACAAGCCAGCUGGGGCUUCUGCGGCUCAGACUCUCGGAAACAUAAUCGUUUCCGUUGUUGGGACCGGCGUUUUGGGUCUCCCUUUCGCUUUGAGAAUCGCUGGCUGGCUUGCGGGUUCGCUUGGUGUGAUUAUUGCUGGCCUCGGCACCUACUAUUGCAUGCUCCUCCUUGUGGAAUGUAGGGAGAAGUUGGCAUCAGUAGAAGACUCAGCAAAUAGAAAAACUUAUGGUGAUUUGGGUUAUGGAUGCAUGGGAAGGACAGGUCGUUAUAUAACCGAAUCUGUGAUUCUGGUUGCCCAAUGUGGAGGCUCCGUGGCGUAUCUUGUAUUUGUUGGGCAAAACCUUUCAUCGAUAUUGAAUGGCUACGGUUUCUCAGUUGCUUCCUGUAUAUUUUUAUUAGUUCCAAUUGAAAUUGGGCUGUCUUGGAUAGGCAGUCUAUCUGCUUUAGCACCCUUUAGUGUCUUUGCAUCAGUCUGCAAUUUGUUGGCUAUGCUCUUUGUGGUGAAAGAAGACAUACAGCAGGCAUUCGAGGGUGAGUUUUCUUUUAGUGAUAGGACCGCGGUCACAUCAAGUAUAGGAGGGUUGCCAUUUGCAGGAGGGGUGGCAGUGUUUUGUUUUGAGGGGUUUGGGAUGACAUUAGCACUGGAAGGUUCCAUGCGAGACAAAACCUCGUUCCCGAGGUUGCUUGGUCUGGCUUUGACAGGCAUAACCCUUGUCUAUGUUUUAUUCGGAUUCGCCGGUUACAUGGCUUACGGUGAUCAAACCAGAGACAGUGUCACUCUCAAUCUCCCUCGAAAUUGGUCUGCUGUAGUAAUUCAGAUUGGUUUGUGCUUGGGGCUAAUAUUUACGUUCCCAAUCAUGCUACACCCAAUUAACGAGAUCAUAGAGGGAAAGCUAGCGAAAGUAAAAUGGUUUCAGAAGGCUCAUGACAAUAACGACGAGUAUUCAACAACACGAAUCGGAAAAUUUGCAAUAUACAUGACUCGAGCAAUGGUGGUGAUCCAAUUGGCGGUCUUGGCCUCAUGUGUUCCAGGGUUUGCAGUAUUUGCCUCGCUUGUGGGGAGUACUGUAUGUGCACUGAUCUCAUUUGUUUUGCCAGCUACAUUUCACUUAGCAUUAUUGGAUUCUUCCCUAAAACUCUGGCAGAGAACCUUGGAUUUUUCCAUUUUAUUGUGUGGAAUGCUUUUCGCUGCUUACGGUACCUACAACGCCAUAGUCGGUGUUUGAAGAGUUUCUUCACUCAACACAUGAAAUUUUACAAAAGAUACAUAAAUAGCAACUGUACAAGGGAACUACCCUCAAAAGAUACUGUAUAUUGUAUCUGGGUUUUGAGAUUAGAUGUACCAGCAGAAUGUAUAAUAUUGUUUUCAUGUUGUACCUAAAUUGUUUGUCAGUUGCGUCAGAAAUGUGAUCCUUUGAAUUGUUCUCGUCUCCAGAAAGCACAUUUUUACUUUCUAUUGCAUUGUUUCCUUGGUGAUCAAA